AUGUUACGAACGAGACAGCUAGCCGUGACUCGGCGAUUCAACUGUUGCCUUCCGCGGUGCAAAAUUACGAUUGAGCACGAUGACGACAAGACAUACCAGGAAAUUCCACGAUCUAGCAGUCUGGGAACCGAGAAAUCGAGUUUGUUCUUUUCAUACCGAGCAGGCAGAGAGACGUUUGGCCAGCUGGUCAACGAGGUGCUUCAUGACAGAGACCCGCUUCAUAACCAUCGUGUGGUAACACCAGAGGAGGCUGUUGAGGGCGUUGAUCCAAAGUACAGAAAUACAGAAACUGGCGAACUCCUUGCUGCUGCCACUAGCAGGGAGGCAAGGCUUCAUCCGCAAACCUUGGCGGGUCGAGUGAACAGAAAGCGUGUGCAGUUACCCAGACUUAUUGCUGAUGCUAUAAACUACAACAUGAUGCUUUUGCAUGAGCCAAAACUACUGAAGGAUAAAGUUGCAGGCUACUACAAGAAACUUGAGGACACGAGUUUGCAUGCAAGAACAAACACAGAGGAGGAGGCGGAUGUCUACAUAGCGAGCUCGUUUCUUCAGAAUUAUGCUACAUGUUACCAAGUGUUGGACGAGCUCAAACGUCGUGUCGGGAAAGACUGGAGCCCAAAACGGGUACUCGAUUACGGAUAUGGGCCAGGUAUAGGAAUGGUGGCUUUGAACGAGGUGAUGGGCGAUGAUUUCAGCCCAGAGGUCAAGGAUGUCGUGGUCAAUGGAUCUUUCCACAUGGAAAGAAGAGCUAAAGUUUUAUUGAGUCGACAAGCUAACGAACAGCACCAAAGAGAACCCAGCCAGACUGAGGAAGCAACACAGGAGCGGGAGGAGGAUUCUGACUUCCUGGAGGAUGAUGAACCUAACCAGCCUGUGAUAGGUAGGGUGAAAACCAAGUUGCUGAAGAUCAAGUCUGUUAUUUUGGAGAAAUUGCGUCCAGAGAACGUGAAAUACGAUCUAAUUAUUGCUCAGAACCAGCUUUUGCGAGACGAGAAAAAUUUCCCGCUAGAGGUGGAUGAACUACUGGAUCCCCUGAUUAAAAGAUUGGCGCCAGGUGGCCAUCUCGUGCUUUUGGAGCGCGGAAACCCUCUGGGGGCAGAGGUGAUUGCUCGAGCACGGCAGGUGAUGCUGCGGCCUGAAAACCACGAAGACCGCACUUCGAAGGUCCCAAGACUAUAUAAGAAUAGCGAUCCGGAAUUGCUACAACAUUACGACAUCCAGGAAGCUGCGUCGGUCGACCCGAUAAAUUUAAAAAUCGUCGCUCCGUGCCCCCACCACGGCAAGUGCCCGUUGCAGUUCUUCAAGCCCGAAUACUACAAAUACGGCAAGGUGGGAAGACAGCUCAAGUUCUGCAACUACACGAUUGAUGUCGAACGGCCGAGAUAUGUCAUGGAGCUGAAAAGGGGGGCUAAACUUGCUGCGGCGUGGCACGACAACCCGACCAAAAAGUUCAUGUCGUACGCUGGAACCGGGCGUCCGAACGGCAAAGAUUUCGAAACGGCAAGCUAUUCGUAUUUGAUUGUGCAACGUUCUGCGGAGUCAAACGAAGAACUAGAAGAACUGAGGAAGCAGGAAGUUGGUGGCAGAUCCGUUGGAUACGUUCCUCAAACUCCCGAGGAGCUGCCUCGUGUGCUAGCGCCGCCAACUAAGCGUCGAGGACUAGUUGUUGCAGAUAUGUGCGCCCCUUCUGGUCACGUUGAAAAAUGGUACAUUUCAAAGAGCGUUGGCGACCAGGAAUACCACGAUGCGCGUAAAAUGGGAAUGGGAGAUCUGUGGGCUUUAGGAGCAAAGUCAAGAGUCCAAUCGACGAAGGAGAAUGAGUUCUAUUUCCAAAAGUUGAAAAAGAGAGAGGAAGAGAUACGAAAGCAACGCAAACGCGAUGCCAAGCUGCGCAAAAAGAAAAUGAAAGAGGAAUAUCGAAAAGCAAUUUAUAGUGAGCCGAAAACGUUUGGAGAAAGCCUGAGAAUGGCAGCACAGCUCGACUCAUUCAGAAUGCUUAAUUCCAGAAAGGAAAAAGAUCGGCUUCAGGCUGACAUUGACCGCGACCAGCUGGCUUGA